AUUGGUGGGGACUGUAAAGGUUUGACACCUUUUCCUUGGAAUUCCAGCCAAAUCUUGUGCCUUUAAAUACAGCCACUUUUUUUAAAUGUUGGGUCAUCAACAAGAGGAAGAGAUAGAGAUACAGAGAGCAGAGAGAGAUGGAACAGAAUGGAACACAAAUUAGACAAAGGGUGGUGCUAGUCGUAGCUCCAUUCCAGGGGCACAUAACUCCGAUACUUCAGAUAGGCUCAAUCCUUCACGCCAAAGGCUUCUCCAUCACAAUCGCACACGCUGAAUUCAACCCUCCUCAUUCUUCUAAUCAUCCUGAAUUCGUCUUCGUACCCCUAUCCACCAACUUAUCGGACUAUGAUAUCCCCUCCACGUUCUUGUCAACUAUGAAUGUCAACUGCAAAGAACCACUCAAGACAUACGUGGUCCAAACAUUGGAGAAACAAGAGCCACGUGAUCGAGUCUGCUGCAUCAUCUAUGAUUCAAUGAUGUACUUUGCAGAAGCUGUGGCCGCUGAUCUCAAGAUUCCAAGUAUACUCUAUCACAAUAGCAGUGCUUCCUAUGUUCUAGCUCGCCAUGCCACUCCUCGCCUUCAUAAACAAGGUUAUAUUCCCGUGCAAGAGUCUAUGUCGAAUGAACUGGUGCCGGAGCUUCAUCCCCUCAGGUUCAAGGAUCUACCCUUUCGACAAAUUUCAGAAACUCUGCUAAAGUUAAUUGCAAAUGGCAACAAUGUAAGAUCUUCCGCAGCCGUUAUAUGCAACACCAAUGACUUUCUUGAGCAUUCACAACUGUCACAGCUCCAGGAAGAAUGCCAAGUCCCAAUCUUCUCAAUAGGCCCUCUGCACAAAAUGGCUCCAGCUUCCUUAACCACUAGCUUACUAAAGGAGGACACAAGUUGCCUUGCAUGGCUUGACAACCAAGCUCCUAAGUCAGUUAUAUAUGUGAGCUUGGGAAGCGUAGCAACGGUGGACAAGAAAGAGAUAACUGAAACAGCUUGGGGACUGGCCAACAGUGGCCAACCAUUCUUGUGGAUUCUGCGUCCGGGCAUGGUUCUUAACUCAGAAGAUGCCUCAGACAAAUGGCUUGAUCUCUUGCCCGAAGGUUUUGAAGAACGAGUCAGAGAAAGAGGUCUGAUAGUAGAAUGGGCACCUCAAAAGGAGGUGCUGUCACAUAGUGCAGUGGGAGGGUUUUUUAGCCACGCCGGUUGGAACUCCGCCUUGGAAAGUUUAUCUGAAGGUGUUCCAAUGAUAUGUCGGCCAUGUUUCGCAGACCACCAUGUAAAUGCAAGGCACAUCACUCAUGUGUGGAAGGUAGGCCUUGAAAUGGAUCUUGUGUUGGAGAGAGAAGGAAUCGAGAGAGCUAUAAGAAGAGUUAUGCUGGAGAAAGAAGGUGAAGAAAUGAGGCAGAGAGCAAUUGAUAUGAAGCAAAAAAUCAUAACUUGUGUGCAAAAAGGUGGUUCUGCAGACAAUUCCUUGAACGAUUUGGUAGAGCUCAUCUCGUCAAAGUCGAAUGCCAAAAAUGACACUGCCACCUUGAUUGAGAGUUGAAGCUGGAGAAUAAUAAAAUAUUAUGUUGUGUAGAUCUAGAGAAUAAAAGAUGGCAAUGGAGUCGUUUUGUACCACCUUCUAUGGUAAUAUCUCAAAUUAUAUAUCAUUUUCGUACUGUAUUAUUUUAAAUUGUAUCCUUCGGAUCCAUAUUUGUAUUAAUUACUGGUUUCUAUUUAUGGUGCAUAUGGAGCAACAUUUCAAC